GUAAUUGCUUUAAGUUCAGAAGAUUUGAUUGAAGCAAGGUUGAAUUUGGCUGACUUUACUAGAUCAGAUUUGACUGACUCUAUUGCUGCAAAAACUAAUAAGGAAAGAGCUUCCGAUUCAGUUAAAGCAAGAUCAGAUUUGACUGAUCCUAGUUCUGAUUCAAUUUACUCUAACAAUGUGAGAGCUAAUAAUAAUACUGCAGUAAGAGCAAGUAAAUUGAAUAAAGAAAAAGUGAAUAAAACUGUUGAUUAUAGCAAGAAAGAAAGAGUAGAUAUGAUAGUUAAUUAUAGCAAAGAAAAAGCAGAUGAAACAGUAACUUUAGCAAAGAAAUGGCAGAUAAAACAGUUAACCUUAGCAAAAAAAGGACAGAUGAAACAGUUAACCUUAGUGAAGAAAGGGUAG